GGAAAAAAAAAGAUCUCUUUUCAAUCAACUCGCUGAAAACAUGAAGGGAGUCAUUGCUCUUCUCCUGGCUGCUCUGUGCUUCGAGGCACUCAAUGCAGAGUGUCCUGACCCAGCCACGCUGAAAGAUGAAUAUGAAAGCAAACUCUGCGCCCAGUUGUUCGAGCACAGCAGCUACUACUAUGAUGAAAGCUGUACUGGCAGUUUCCUUUAUGUUUAUCCUGGUGAAGACACCCCGAUCAUGCCAUGGGCUUGGGAAAACCGUAUUUCCUCUCUUGUGGUGGGCCGAGGCUGCUCUCUGACUGUGUGGUCUAAAACCAAGAAGCAAGGACAUAAGAAGAAGUUUUCUGCUGGCAUCGUGUAUCACCUCAAAGAAUACACGCAAGGCCUGUUUGGAAACUGGAACGAUUCCAUCUCUGGAUACUACUGCACAUGCUAGAUGUGAAGCAAGGCUGAAGACAAAGACCUAAAGGACAUUAAUGUCAAUGACAGCUGUAACCCUGUAUGUUUUCAGAAGCAAAUAUACAUUCUGCUCAUUGUAAAUCUGCUCAAGUGAAUUAAACACCAUGUUAUUGCAGGAAAUCUCUGCAAGAACAUGAAACAGAACCAUU